AUCACGGCUCCAUCUAGUGGACUGAUAGUAGAGCAGCUGAUGGCAGCUUCCUCUGCCUCACACUGCUGUCUGACUGCAUUCAGCUGACACUGAGAUGAAGCAGGAAAGAAGCAGCUGAUAUUUGGACAGCACACAUGAUGGAAAGGAGGAUUUCAGUUGAUGUGCACAUGAAUGAUUUGUGUUUCCUCUGCAGGUAGAAAGUGUGUGUGAGCUGAUGUGAAUUGAGCAGCAUGGAUCAGUGUGAGGACAGAGAGGAGGGAGUCCCUCCCUCUAAAAGCACUCUGUGUGGGGAACAUGAGAGCCAGACCAAAGCUCAGAGGAACCCACCUGGACCUCCACCCAGCUCUGUGUCCUUACAGAGUGAUGGGUCUAAAGAGCACCUCUUCGUUGAUUUUAAAUCCCAGCAGGUGUCAGCUGCAGAGAGGAUCUACAAGAGACCUGCUGAACCUGAACCUGGACGCAACUGUAUGUCUGUCAUGUCCAUGACCUACAAUCGUAGCAAUGAUUACAGCUUUAUAAGAAACGCAGUCUCUGUAGCAGAGAGAGCCGGAGAGAGUUCCUUGUGGUCUUCCUCUCCUCUUAGAAGGAAUGACUUUUCUGAAACAGAGUCCGGCUAUGGAUCGAUGGGAAGUGUUCUGUCUCUGGGAAGUAAUCAGUCAAUGGACUCUGUACUGUUCUUUGCUACAGAAACACUGAAUCUCUGUAACCUGUCAGAGGAACGCUAUGAAGCUCUGUCCUCAGCUGUCAGCUCCCAGUCCUCCUGUCUAAGAGAGCUGGACCUGAGUAACUCUGACCUGCAGGAUUCAGGAACAAAGUUUCUUUCUGAUGGACUGAAGAGUCCACACUGUAAACUGAAUAUUCUCAGACUGAGUCACUGUAACCUCUCAGAGAAAGGCUAUGAAGCUCUGUCCUCAGUUCUAAGCUCCCAGUCCUCUAGUCUGAGACAGCUGGACCUGAGUAACUGUGACCUGCAGGACUCAGGAGUGAAGCUUCUGUCUGUUGGAGUAAAGAGUCCCAAUUGUACACUGGAAACUCUAAGUCUGUCAGGCUGUCUGAUCACAGAGGAAGGCUGUACUUCUCUGGCCUCAGCUCUGAGCUCCAACCCCUCCCAUCUGAGAGAGCUGGACCUGAGCUACAAUCAUCCAGGAGACUCAGGAAUGAAGCUGCUGUCGGCUGGACUGAAGGAUCCAGGCUGGAGACUGGACAUUUUCAGGGUGGAGCCUGCUGGAGUCCGAUGGUUGAGACCAGGUCUGAGGAAGUAUUCCUGUCAACUCACAAUCGACACAAACACAGUGAACACAAAGCUCCAACUGUCUGACAACAACAGGAAGGUGACACAUGUGGAGGAGGUUCAGUCAUAUCCUGAUCAUCCAGACAGAUUUGUUGUUGAUCCUCAGCUGCUGUGUAGUGAUGGUCUGACUGGUCCGCUGUUACUGGGAGGUCGAGUGGAGAGGAAGAGUUCUAUAUCAGUGAGUUACAGAAGCAUCAGAAGGAAAGGAGGCAGAGACUGUUUGUUUGGAUACAAUGAUCAGUCCUGGAGUCUGUACUGUUCUGAUGAUGGUCCUCAGUCUGUCUGGAACAAAAACAGACCAACAUCCAUCUCCUCCUCCUCCUCCUCCUCCUCCUCCUCUGUCUCUCACAGAGCAGCAGUGUAUGUGGACUGUCCUGCUGGCACUCUGUCCUUCUACAGAGUCUCCUCUGACACUCUGAUCCACCUCCACACCUUCAACACCACAUUCACUCAAACUCUUUAUCCUGGGUUUAGGUUCCGCUCUCGUGGUUCCUCAGUGUACCCUGUGCUGAGUGUAAAGAGAGUCUCCUGUUAGAGAAACACUCUGACUGUUGAACAGAUAGUUCAGUCUGUACAUGUCUGUCUCUUUCACUCACAAAUACGUUUUCACAUUCAUGGAUUCAAUCAGUUUGAUGUUUGAAACUCUUCUAAAUGAUUCCUUGUAAACUUCUUCCUCUUCUGUCACAAUCUAUUUAUUUAUUAUGGUGUCUUCAGUCUGAGGGUUUGAAGUUUCCAUGUCUGUGUGAUGUGUGGUGUGAAGGCUGCUGGUUAAACUGGGACUCACUGUUUAAAGCACUGAGUGCUCAUAGAGAGAUGCUCCA